CACAAGUAGGUGUGCGCGGUCUUCGCUUGCCAGGGUCAUUGCAAUGACCCUAUGAUAUGAUUUUCGCUAAUCGGAUAUUUUGCGCGAUAUAAGACGACCUCGCGAACUUGUCAAGUCAGUACUUCUGCUCCAUGGCGUUUCUACAGGGUGUGAAGCUUGCGUUUACAAUAUUGGCGCUUGCCACGCCAUCCUGGGCAAUUGGUGUCGCACCUGGUCAGAUCCAAAACUUUGUCACUUUUGGUGACUCCUACACUGAUUCCUCGUACUACCCCUCCGCUGACGGAGGCUAUUCCUGGCCAACAUGGGCGGCGAUGUAUGGUGACCUUGAUCUCUAUGGGUUUGCUCGUUCCGGUGCAACAUGCUCGAACCUGCUUACUUACAGACCCUUUCCUCCGAUCAUGGGUUGGCAAUUCCCUGCUUACCUGAAUGAGACGAGGAAUGGCACGCUGGAAUUGAACUCAAAUGAGACAAUAUAUACCAUCUGGAUUGGAACCAAUGAUUUGGGUGUCAACGCGUUGCUUACCGGAAGUGAUGCCCCCACCACAUCAAUUGUUCAGGUCAGGCAAUGCGCUGUCGAUGUCCUAAAUAUGUUGUACGAGAGCGGUGCUAGGAACUUCAUCAUGCAGAACAUACUUCCCCUUGACUUGACAAUCCUGUACUCUAACUACUCGUACCCCAACACUUACUGGAACUUGGAACGCAAUACAACUGGAUGGAACGUGCACAUGACGGAGCUGGUACGUGCAGGGAAUGAAAUCACAUCCCUCAAGCUCGAUGCGCUUCUGCCUACGCUCCCUGAUGCUCAUAUUGCAUCUUUUGACUCCUACGGGCUUUUCACCGACAUGUAUAACAACCCUCAGAACUAUUUUAAUGGCACUGCGCCAUACAACGUAACGGGCUGCAUACAUUCAUGUGUGUACUCUAUAGACAGCACGGCAGCACCGGCUUGCACAAUCACCAAUGGUACUGACGCAGAUAGCUUCAUGUGGUACGACGAACUUCACCCAUCGCAGCAGUCCGCCAGAAUCCUGGCUAGGGAGUUGACUGCGGUGAUGAUGGGAGAGGACAACCAGUGGACGACGUGGUUGAGCUAAGCUAGUCACAUUUGCAGAGUUUUGAAGGUAACGGAUAGUACCUCAGAACAACUGGGGACAGUGGAGUACUUUGGUAUUUCCCUUAAUUCUUUUUGGUUAUCGAUCCGGC